UAUUUUACUUUUGAAAUUAGUUGGCUCAUCAUCCUGUUUUUAUGUAGUUUUAACUUUUAACAUUAUAAUUACGAAAGUAUAUGUGAUCAUAAUUUUGGCACAUGUAAAGUCUUGUAACUUUACCGGAACAUAUGGAUGUUGUAACCUAACGUGAGUAACGACAACACACUGUGGCACUGUGCCAAGUGAUUGCAGUUAUUGCCCUGCCCUUUUAACGAUCAACCAUCGAGAUAAGGAUAAAACACCGUAUCAUUCUCCCCUCUUCUCACGCCAACUUCCUUCACUCCUUCUCUCUAUAAAUACCCUCCCUCCAAAAACCCCAUCUCCAUUAAUACCAAUCUUUUAUCUUUUCUCAAAAUGACCACCACACCGAAUUGGGUUCGAGGCCUUUGCAUCGGUCGAGGCUCUUUCGGAACUGUCAGUUUCGCCGUCGAUAAAUCCGAUGGUGGGGUCUUCGCGGUUAAGUCCGUGAAACAAAACUCCGAACGAUUCUCUCAAGCUUUGGAGAAUGAGAUUCGGAUUCUGAGAUCGUUGACCUCGCCUUAUGUUGUUGGGUAUCGCGGCGAUGAUGUCACCUCGGAGAAGGAGAAUUCUCCGGUGGUGUACCGGAACUUACACAUGGAGUAUAUGCCAGGUGGGACCGUUGCUGAUUUGGCAAAACACGGUGAGGAUGUCACUGUUCGGAGUUAUACGCGGUGUAUUGUGUCUGCGUUGAAGUACAUUCAUGAGAGAAAUAUUGUUCAUUGCGAUGUGAAAGGGAAGAAUGUGUUGGUCGGGGUGAUUCCAGGGGAGGCGAAGCUGGCGGAUUUUGGGUCGGCGGUGGAAUUUGGUGGUGCUCCGGUUUCUGGAACACGUGGUAGUCCGUUGUGGAUGGCGCCGGAGGUCGUCCGUGGGGAGUGUCAAGGACCGGAGUCUGAUGUUUGGUCAUUGGGGUGUACAGUGAUCGAAAUGGUCACCGGAAAGCCAGCGUGGGAAGACAGAGGAGUUGACACUCUGUUUCAAAUUGGGUACUCCGACGAGUUACCACAUUUGCCAGGUCACUUUUCCGACGAGCUACAUGAUUUUUUAAACAAGUGUCUCAGAAGAGACCCGUCUGAAAGAUGGACCUGCGAUCAGUUGCUCCGACACCCAUUUUUGCUAUCCUGCUCUUCUUCUUCUUCUUCUUCAUCUGAAUUCAUGGACAGAAAAUGGUCACCGAGAUGCGUGUUCGAUUGGUCGGACACAAAUUUCUCCGACGGAGAAACUUCGGAGAUUGAAAAUACAACUACGAAUUUGAAUUCUUCAAACGGGGUACGAAGGAUAGCUACAUUGGCUUCCAAUUCAUCGGCAAACUGGGAAUCCGACGGCUGGGAGGUGGUGAGGAAUGCGAAUGCGGCAGUCACCACCACGGAGUUUUCGGAAGAAGAUGAAAAUUUGACGACUACAGCAGCGGAGACGGCUGAAACUUGGCCGGAAUAUUCCUUUUCGGCUGCGAAUAACGAGGGCGAAAGAAUACGGGAAUAUAGAGAUUCUUCUAACGGGAGUUUUCAGUUUCACAAUGAUCAUCAGUGUACCAGAAACUAUGCACAAGGUACAAGUGGUGGUUGCAGCAGUAGAGACACGGAUAAUAAUUACAGUUGUUGUAUGUAUGUUUCAUUAAAGAAAUUAUUAUUGUUUAAUUCGAAUGCUGUCCGACACAUUUAUUAUAAACAACUGUUUCUGUUUAAUUUUAAACUACUUUGUGAUCUUUUUUCAGUCUGUUGUUUUCUUAUUAAUUACCCAACAACAAAUAUUCUGUUAAAUAAAGAUUAUCGAAAUGUUAGUUGUUAAGGUGAAA